GAAGUCCCUUGGCAUGACAACAAGAAGCACUUUCGUUCAGAAUUCGCUUUUCUAGUUCAUUACUGAUCAAUUACAGUAUGGGUUUGAUUCCAGUAAAUGUGUGAGAGCCAGUUUUGCUGAAAGCACGAACUACAAUAGUAAUGGCUGAAGGAAGUGCCUCAUCCUCUAACCGUCACUCCAGAAUAAAACUUGAGUGUGAAAUAUGCCACAAGGUGUUUUAUCGCCAUGAUGUUUUCAGAUGUCACAUGAGGAUACACUCUGGGAUCAAGCCCUACUCUUGUGAUGUAUGUGGGAAGAGAUUCGCUCACUAUGGCAACCGUGAUCAGCAUGCAGCAAUUCAUGCGUCAUCAGCAACCUUCGUGUGUGAGCUGUGUGGAAAUACCUUGACCUCACAGAUCUAUUUGAAUCGACACAUUAAGAGACAUCACCCCACCCAUUACACACCAUGUAAAAGAGGCCAGGUGCAACCAGAAAGAAGAUGCUCAACAACAUUUUUUAAACAAAAAUUUUCAGAUGUGCCCAAACAAACAGAUUCUCAAAAUGUAGUGGAAUCAGAUGAGGUUAGAAUAUACCUCCCACCAACAUUUGCUGAAUCGGAAAAAAAGGAUUCAAGUCUGGAUUGUACAAAUCAGCCAUAUAAUGGUGAAGGUGCAAUGUUUCAUCUGUUGUGUAAAUACUGUGGCCAGCAGUUUGAACAAAGACACAAGUAUCAACUCCAUAUCAUGGAGCAUGAGCUGGAGGAACUAGGAAAGUCUUGUAGUUUCUGUAAUAUAUUAUGUAGUAAUCUAGCUGAGAAACGAAUACAUGAACUGUCCCAUACUGAGAAAGAAAGAAACAGUAACGGGUCAUUUCAGCCCAAACACGUUCACCCCAGCACAGUUUCACCCCAAGUCAUUUCACCCGGGUCAUUUCACCCCAAACACGUUCACCCCACCACAGUUUCACCCCAAGUCAUUUCACCCGGGUUAUAUCACCCCAAACACGUUCACCCUACCACAGUUUCACCCCAAGUCAUUUCACCCGGGUUGUAUCACCCCAUUUAGAGGUUGUUUCACCCCAACAAAAAUAUAUUAUAGUUAUCAACUAUAGAGCUUUUCAAUAGUUUAUUCAUCUAUGUAUAGUGUCGAAACGGUAUAUUCGGAUUGUUUGAAUAACUAUAUCCGUUCAUAUUGGCUGUGUUGGAUCGGGUGAUGGCCUUCAGUGACAAUAGCAAGUAGCUGCUUAAGACUAUUUUUAUUAGGACAUGCCUACGUAGCCCAAUUUUGUGUUCUUAAUACAGGCAAUCCCUUUUCUUGAAAUGAGUUUUCCCCCAAAAGAAUAACAUUCGUGAUUUAAUUUCAAUUUCCAGCAGAUAUCUCCCCAGUUCCUGAUAAACCAUGAAUGAGUGGGUGCUUUUUCUUAAUGAGAGGAGUUCCUUUAGAAAUUUUAAAUGAAUAUUUUCUACCCAAGAAUCAUUACCCAAACCCAAUAAUUCACACCAUAAAGAAGAACAGGGGCAACCAAGCAAUCGAAUAAUCGUAACUGACAAUCCCAAGACAAAUCAAGUAAUCUACCUUUGCUUAAAACACUUUUGCUUAGUUUUGGUGGCCUUCUCAGCUAGAUUCUUUCUAAUUCAGGUGACGCAGACACAGUAGCAUUUACCUGGUUGUUGUAAAACCAUUGCCCAAUUAGGCUUUAAGCAUUUAUACCAUUCUCCAUGUUUACUCAAUUAGUUUGACCGCCUCCGUGGUUAGAGCGUCCGCCCGGAGAGCGGAAG